UCCCGCAGCUGACAGCCAGCCCCCGCCAAAUUAAUCCCCUGACUGGGGGGGAUGCACAGCCGGGGAGAGCCCUCAUAACCUCGCUGGCCGCGCUUUGCAGCCGCUGCCCUUAGAAAUCCUCCUGCAGCCGAGGGGAGAGGAAGAUUUUUUUGCCUGGGUUUUUGUUUGUUUUGGGGUUUUUUUCUGUGGGUUUUUUUUUUUUUUUUUCAGGGCAGCUUUACAAUUGACUUGUCUACACUCCCAGAGUGAAAAAUAUUUCCAUCUAUGAUGAUGACAGAUUUUACAGAAGAGCAUACGUUGAACGUAGAAGAACAUGGAGAGUAUGCUGGUAGACAAGCAACAGGAAGGUUGAAGUCCUCAUGGUUACAAAUACAGCGUGAACUCAGUUUGAGGAAACUAACAGAGGGUUCAGAGUAUCAAGAGGAACUAAAAUAUGACUUCAAUAUAAAAGGGGAACUGAGGCACCUAGAUACAAAUGAGUGCUUUGUUUUCAAUUACUACAAGAACGGACAUGAGCAGAAUCAUAAACGCUAUGAAGUUCUGGGACAUUCCAUUACCCAGUAUGUUUAUGAGCUCCUGGAAAGAGUCUGCAUGCUGCAGAAGGUUUAUAUUCCUACUGAUGCUACAGAGGGUGAACCAAGAAGCUUCUUUUUCAUGAGCAAGGAUGCACUAACAUGUUCCUCUAGCCUAAUUAUCUUUCUUCAAGACCAAGGAGUUUUUUGUGCUGGACAAUGGGGGCGACGGGCAAUUGUCAGCGAGGGCCUGAAACAUGGAACACAAAUAUCAUUCAUCAAAAUGGCCCUGCAGAGCCACUGGGAAGUGAUUGUACUGAACCCCAAUGACAACUUCACUGGUCUGAACACUGAAAAGGAGAGAUUUUCUGCUAGGGAAGAAGGGCUUACUUUUACACAGUCUGUCUGUUGGAUCCCCAAAAGGGGAAGCAGCAGCCCUCAGGAGCAUACCUUGUAUGUAUGGGAUCAUUUCAUUGCAAAGAGUGCAGCCAUGAAUGUGGCCUUCAUUGCCCAUGGCUAUGGCGGGUUGGUGUUUGUUGAUCUGCUGGUGCAGAGGAAGUGUGAGGUGAUGAAUAAAGUGUACUCUGUGGCAUUCAUUGACUCCACACACAACAUGCAGCACCAGAGCAGACAUGAUCCAGAAAUACAGGAAUGGAUACACAAAAACUGCCGAGAAUGGGUGUCAAACAGCAAACCCCUAAAUAAAACUGUGCACUUUCUCAUGAGAGUAAAUUGUCCUACUUUCUCUGCUGGAACAGAAAAGUAUGGUUUAGCACCCUCCUGCUGCUUACAACCCAUCUUUAAGUACCUGAAGAGCAUGCUGAAAGCCAAGAUCACAACAGCCUUGAGGAAUUCGCCUGUUGCAACCAGAAGCAGCACAAGAAAGAAGAGAGGCAAUAAGUAAAGAUACACUGCUUUGUUCUUGAUAGUGGUCUCUUCCUUUCACAAGUGCCUCUGCACCCUUCCAUCACUUAAGCGCCUUCAUCUCACUGUGGAGAAAUUCACAGUUCUAAGUUUGAAACUAUGUUUGGUUUUGAGAAGAAAAACACAAAAGUUAACUAUUAGGAAAGAUACACAUUUUUCAAAGCCUUAAGCCACAACCCUUUGGCUAGCUUUGAAAUUUAAAGCUGAAUUAAAGAUGUUAAUGUAUACCAACUCUCAUCUAUCAUUUUUUCUAUAAUACACAUUCUAUAGUUUUGGCUCUAUAAUCAGACUAAACUAUCAGGAAAACAUUUGCUUAAGUGCUUAGCUUCAUUAGAAGGCCAAAUAUGGAAUAGCAAAAGCAUCUAAACAAUCUGCUUCCUCCUAUGUACCAUGUAUUGUUUAAAAUCUUUCAAGAUCUGGAACAUCCACCUUCCUCCCUUAAACAUUUACUGUUAAGCUGAACAAUGCUUCAGGUAAGUAUUUACUACUACAGUCCCUCCAGUCAGAGCUGGUGUGCCCCAAACAUGACACAUGGAGGUAAAACAAUUUCCAUUUUAAAGCCAGCUAAGCCAGUGAGAACACUGGGCAUGAGCUGCUGUAGAGAUACACCAGUCUGGCAACCUGCAGUUACCAAACUGAUGCAAAGCAAUGACACUGCUGCUUCCUCUCAGCUGUUUGAAUUUAGACAGGUGGGAAAUACAGUUUUUAAAUUUAUAUAUUCAAGGCUUGCAAUGUGUACAAGCAGAAGUUCAAAUAAUCUCUAAAGUGAAUGUAAAAAAAAAAAAUUAUUCUUAAUUUCCAGUUCAAACCCAUGGGAAUCAAAAGUGUUCAAUGGCCACAAAAAAGGAUCCUUUGGAUGACCAAACCUUCUCCUACAAGUGCAGAGCAUUCCAAUCUCAGUCCAAAAAAUCUGCUGAACAGUAAUAACAGGUAUCAGAGAGAAGAGAGCAUCAACUUGCCUUUGUGUUUAUAUCCAUUUCAGAUUUCAGUCAUCAUCUCUCAGAAGAAACUUCUGUCCUGUCAUGCAGCAAUGGAUAAAAUGUAACAUUCUAUAAGGCACAUUCAAUUGAAUGUUCUUGAGAGCAAGCACAACUUUUUUUAUUAAUGUCAGGUUUACUAUUAUUACAUCUGAAUGAAAAUGGUACCAAACAGACAACUGACAGAGUGCCUCGGUUCCCUGAAGAAGGUUGCACUGGAGAUGCCACAGCUG